AGAUGGCUGGAAUCUGCCAGGAGCUGGAGCCCAACGUGGAAAUGUCCUCCUGCUGGAUGGUGCUGGGGAUCCUCUCACCCCAGGGUAUCCAGCUAAAGGUGACCAGAAAAGAAGCCUUCUAGGGAUGCAUCCUAAAAAUAUGCAUAUCGCUUGGAAGAAGCUCAAAGUGCAGCAAACUUAAAUAUUCCUGUCCACCCCAUUGGUUAUCACGAUGCUGAGAAGCUGCUAAAGGAAAUGGGAGGCGCUCCUGCACCGGAUAAUAUUUGGAAGGGACAGCUUUCCGUGCCUUACAAUGUGGGACCUGGCUUUAUAGGGAUUUCUUCAAAAAGAAAAGUAAGAAUGCACAUCUACAGCUUCAAGCAAGUGAGACGGAUUUACAAUGUGAUUGGAAUUCUCCGAGGAACAACAGAGCCAGAUAGAUACGUGAUUCUGGGUGGCCACCGUGAUUCAUGGGUGUUUGGUGGCAUUGAUCCCCAGAGUGGAGCUGCAGUUGUUCAUGAGAUUGUCCGAAGUUUCGGGAAGCUGAAACAGGAAGGUUGGCGACCCAGGAGGACAAUAAUUUUUGCUAGCUGGGAUGCUGAGGAGUUUGGCUUAAUGGGAUCAACAGAGUGGGCAGAGGAAAAUGUCAAAAUACUACAAGAACGGGCUGUGGCCUACAUCAAUGCUGAUUCCUCUAUAGAAGGCAACUACACCCUUCGAGUUGACUGUACCCCAUCGAUGCACAGCCUGGUCUACAAUCUAACUAAAGAGAUACCAAGCCCCGAUGAAGGAUUUGAAGGCAAAUCUCUUUUUGAAAGCUGGUAUGAGAAAAACCCAUCAAGGGAAUAUGAAGGCUUCCCAAGGAUAAACAAACUGGGUUCUGGCAAUGAUUUUGAAGUCUUUUUCCAAAGAUUGGGAAUUGCUUCUGGUAGAGCCCGUUACACUAAAAACUUUAAAGUGGACAAGUUCAGCAGCUACCCAGUUUAUCACAGUGUCUAUGAGACAUACGAGAUUGUGGAAAAGUUUUAUGAUCCAACUUUCAAGAACCAUUUGGCUGUGGCCCAAGUGCGAGGAGGGCUGGUGUUUGAGCUGGCUGAUGCGGUCAUCCUCCCCUUUGACUGCAGAGAUUACGCCAAGGCACUUAAUAGCUAUGUUGAUAUCAUUUACAACCUAACAAUGAAGUAUCGGGCAGCAAUGGAAGCACACAAUGUAUCAUUAGUUUUGCUUCGGGAUUCCAUAAAGACGUUUUCAGAAGUUGCUGAUGAAUUUCACCGCAGACUUCAAUUAGUGGACAUCAAUAACCCAAUUGAAGUAAGAUCUUGGAAUGAUCAAUUGAUGUUUUUGGAAAGAGCAUUUAUUGAUCCUCUUGGAUUGCCUGGCAGACCAUUUUAUAGACACAUCAUCUUUGCUCCAAACAAUCACAAUAAGUAUGCUGGAGUGUCCUUCCCCGGGAUCUACGAUGCCCUAUUUGACAUCGAUAAUAAAGCAGACCAACAGAAAGCCUGGGAAGAAGUGAAGAAGCAGAUCUUCAUCGCUGCUUUCACCGUGAGAGCUGCAGCUGGGACACUGAAUGAAACACCCUGUGGGGAUGCAAGUGAGGGAUUGCCAAGCAAGCUCCAACAGAGUCACACUUGAGUUCUCAAAAAUAAAAUAACUGAUGCAAAAGAAGCCCUACUGAUUUGGUUGAUCCCAAGGAUGUUUUUGUUAUGGAAUGCUAUGGAAUGCAUUGUGAUUUUCAUUUAUUGUAAUUUCAAAUAACCUCCAAGUAUUUUGAAAAAAAUGCUUCUCUUGUUCAUUCA